CAAGCAACAAGAACCUAACUAACACGGAAUUGCUUCUUUCUUUCUCCUCCUUCAUUUGCUUGCUCUCUGUGUCUCUCGAUCUUCAUAUAAAUUAUGGAACACAAGCAGUCUAGAAAAGGCAGUUUUUUCCAGGAUUAUUACAUGAAAUGGCUAUCCUCUCGUGAAUUGGAAUCUAUCACAGCUAUUUGUGACUCUCUUUUGCCUUCAAUCAACUACUCUGGCACCACUGAUGAAUAUGAUGAUUCCAUCGCCACAUUCUACAAAACAUCUGCGUCCAUGACAGGAACUCCACAGCUGGUAAAGAAAUUAAUAGCUGAAAAAGUGGAACAAACUACAUUGGGUCCCCUUCGUUUGUCAUUACUGCUUUUAUCAACAUGGCUUGGGACGUUUAUUCUUUGUGGGUCAGCUAGUUUGUCAACUCAAUUCCCUUACGUACAGAGGUUCUCUCAGAUUUCUCAGAAGAAACGAGAGCAGAUCCUUCGGUCAUGGUCUCUCAGCUCCCUUUUCUUCUUCAGGACUCUCUUCAAGGUCUUCAAGUUCAUCACUUUCUUCAUUUUCUUCACUCAGUUAGAUGACAAGAAUGCGAACCCAACUUGGAAAGGAAUUGGCUACUGUGGACCAGAUCCAAAUUUCAAAAAUCAAACCAAAAGAAAAAAAGCAGGGUUUGGAAGAGAAGACGAUGAGGAACGAAUGGAAGAAGAACUCUAUGGACCGCUAUGUAAAGGCCUAGUUGAUCUAACACAACCCAGAGAAGUUGUUGUGGAUAAACUUGGAAGAUAUGGUUUUCCUGUCUCAGUCCACUGCAGAGGAAGUAAUUCCCCAUCUUUGUCAUCUUCUCCUUGUUUAACCAUCCAUUGCGAUGCUGUUGUUGUUGGUUCUGGGUCUGGUGGUGGUGUUGUUGCUGGCAUUCUUGCAAAAGAAGGCUACAAAGUGAUUGUCUUAGAGAAGGGGAACUACUUCGCAAGAAGCAAUUUAUCACUUAUUGAAAGACCUUCCAUGGAUCAGAUGUACUUAAAUGGUGGAGUAAUGGUUACUGAUGAUAUGGGUGUGUUGUUACUCGCAGGAUCAAAUGUUGGUGGGGGUUCUACAAUCAAUUGGUCAGCUUCAAUUAGAACACCUCAUCAUGUAAUGAAGGAAUGGUGUGAGGAUUAUGAGCUUGAGCUAUUUGGUAGUCAGGUCUAUAAAGAGGCAUUAGAUGCAGUUUGCAAGAAGAUGGGUGUUCAGUCUGAAGUUGAAGAAGAAGGAUUCAACAACACAAUUUUACGACGAGGGUGCACUGAAUUAGGAUAUCCAGUGACCAAUAUCCCCCGAAAUUCAACUCAAGAUCACUAUUGUGGGUGGUGUGGUUAUGGUUGCAAAGAUGGGAAAAAGAAAGGUGUUGCAGAGACAUGGCUAGUGGAUUUGGUGAAAUCAGGUAAUGGUUUAAUUCUACCAGGUUGCAAUGCCUUGGAAAUCUUACAUGAGAGAAAGAAAUGGAGAAACCGAAAUACUGCAACUGGAGUCACCUUUGAAUUUGAUAAUGGAUUGGGAAAAGAUAUCUAUGUGGUGGAAUCGAAGGUGACAAUAGUUGCUUGCGGUGCUCUUAGCACUCCAACAUUGUUGAAAAGAAGUGGAUUAAAGAAUGAUAACAUAGGGAAGAACCUCCAUCUUCAUCCAGUGGUGAUGGCAUGGGGUCACUUCCCCAGUAAUGAUGAGUGGUUAGGGAAAGAUAAGAAGAGCUACGAAGGGGGUAUAAUGACAGCAAUGUCCACAGUCGUUGCCGAUUUCGAAGGAUCGGGCUAUGGAGCUGUGAUACAAACACCAUCAGUGCAUCCAGGAGUAUACUCUACAGUAAUGCCAUGGGUUUCAAGCUCUGACUUCAAAGAAAGGAUGUGCAAGUUCUCAAGGACUGCUCACAUAUUUGCACUGGCAAGGGACAAAGGAAAAGGUACUGUGGACUCUCAAACCUCAUUCACUUAUAAAUUGGAUGCCACAGAUGAAGAGAACCUACAGAAGGGAUUAGAAAAGAUUCUUCGUAUGUUGGCUGCAGCUGGGGCUGAAGAGGUUGGAACCCAUCACAUUAUGGGGAAGAAAUUGACUGUGAAGAAAGCCAGCAAACAUGAGUUUGAGAAGUUUGUGAAAGAGGAAAGCAGUAGGAGACUUAGGGACUUGUCCACACCAAUAUGCUCUGCACACCAAAUGGGAAGCUGUAGGAUGGGAGUUGAUGAGAAGCAUUCUGUGGUGAACCAGAAAGGGGAGACAUGGGAGGUGGAGGAACUGUUUCUGGCAGAUACAAGCGUAUUUCCAACAGCAUUGGGUGUGAAUCCCAUGGUCACCGUCCAGGCCAUUGCUCAUACUACUGCACACUCAAUUCUUGAAGUUCUUAAGAGGAAGAAGGAUGGAUACUAAUCAAACAAGUUGAUUUUAUUAUCUUCUUGAUUAUUUAUUAUUGUCUUUAGUAAAUGUAAAAUUCUGUAAAAGAACUUGAAAAUGCAUUCAGUGCCUUCUUUGUUUGUACAAUGAAAGAAUAUUCCCUUCUCUCUUGAAUCAUGGGAUUGAAGGUGAAAUUAAUAAAUAAAUAAAUAAAACAUUAUAUA